AUUGCAAAAAAAAUGUCGCUAUCUAUUAAUCAUUAUUAUAUCACGUUAUCAGUACAAUCGGUACUAUCGACGGUACUGGCGAUGCAUCGGCAAUUCUCUUCAUAGCGCUUGUUAAAAAAACGAGAAAAAGAUAAUUGAUGCGUCAUCCUCGCAAGGCAGAUAUAACAAGAUAUAAUCACGCAUCUCAUGAUAACACGCAUCGCGAACUCAGCCAGCUCAACGCAAGAUGAAGAAACGAAUCGUAUUAUUCGGCGGCACUGGGAACACCGGUCUCUGUUCUCUCAGAACCGCCGUGGAAAAUGGUCUGGAGGUGAGAGCUUUUGUAAGAGACAAGGACAAGGUUCCUGAGGAUCUUAGAAAUAAAGUUGAACUAAUUGUUGGAGAUGUUAUUAAUGCAAAGGAAGUUGCAAAUGCGGUAGCUGAUAGAGAUGCUGUUGUGGUAACACUUGGCACCAGGACAGACUUAAGUCCUACUACUGUAAUGUCUCAAGGCAUGAAGAAUAUAAUAGAAGCCAUGAAAGCACAUAAUGUUAAAUUGGUGUCUGUAUGCCUAUCAGCAUUUUUAUUCCUUAAACUUGAAGCAGUGCCUGCUAUAUUUAGAGGUGUAACUGAAGAUCAUCAGCGCAUGUUCGACCUGAUCAAAUCGAGCGGUUUAAAAUGGGUGGCGAUAUUGCCACCGCACAUUGCAGAGACACCAAAAUCCAAGUACACUGUCACAUUCGAUUCUUCACCUGGACGAGUAAUCUCCAAAUAUGACCUGGGUGCGUUUCUUGUCGAAUGUCUUGAGAAUCCUGAUUAUUAUCAAAAGAUUUGUGGCAUUGCGACCGUGUCAUAAUGCGAGAAAUGGUAGGGAAAAAUAAUAAGAUGCAUGUAUUUUUUUCUAGUGAAAAAAUAAAUAUAUAUAUUUAUGUA